AUGAGAGGAUUAAUAAUACGCUUUGCAUUCGCUGAAUAGGUCUCCAUAUAGUCUCAGACUCAUUUAAAAAGAACUUACAAGGAAGCUACUGUAGAAAUGGCCAUAAACCCAAUCAACCCAUAUCACCAAUGGUUCAUCAAACUUGAUGGCAAAAGUAUAAAGACUCAGCAACGCAACAUCUUAGCAGUCCCUUCUCCGUAAUUGGCUGCCUGCAUUGCAUAAGAAUUCAAUCGUCAGAAAGAAUUCUUAAGUUUCAAACAAAUGCCACUUAUGAUGCUUGCCAGAAACGCUAUUGAUUUAGAUUACGAUGCAACCAAUAGAGAAUACACUGAAAAAACUAUCAUUAGUCAUUUAGAAAAUGACAUUAUUUUACAUCGAAGAAACCAAAACUCAUAACUUCUAAAAAUUCAGUAACAAUAAUUGGAUCCUCAAUUAAGAUUAUUCAAUUCUCGAUUUGGAAUGGACAUUCAAGCUAAUGAUAGUAUUCAAAUCGCAUCAUUAAGCUAACAAAAUAAAGUCAAAAUAGAAUCUCUAAUUAGAGGAUUAAAUAACUGGUAAUUAGUGAGUCUCAGUUCUAAAGCAGAUAACCUCAAAUCUUGUAUAUUGGCAAUCCAGUUAUCCUACGGAUUAGUUGAUUUGAAUAAAGCCUUGUCACUUUAUGACAUUGAAAAUUAAUUUAACAAGAAACUUACUGAAACUGAAAAUCCUCAAGAAUCAGAUGAAGAAGAUAACAAAAUUUCCAUGAAUGUAUAGGCAGCACAACUCUUCUCAUCACUAAUUUAUUCCUAAAGUAUCCUUUAUUGA